AUGUUUGCCAGAAUCUUCAUCCCCAAAAAGCACCGGGAGCGCUUCGAUGACGUUGUGUCCCAGAGCCUGAUGGGCCGGCUCAAAGGGCGGAGCUUCAGCGACCCCAGCCGCAACCGCCUGCGCCGAAGCCGCAGCGAGGACCACCCGGAGCGCCUGCUGGUGUCCACCCGGGCCAGCUCUGUCCCCCGAACGCAUGCCGAGGAGGGCGUGAUGCCCCCCAUCCGUGGCCUCAGGAAGACCACCUCACUCACCGCAGGACAUGCUGGCAACGCUGCAGCCCUUCGCAGGACGGUGAGAGUCUGCAAAGGGAACCUAAGUUUUGGAUUCACCCUCAGGGGCCAUGCACCUGUCUGGAUCGACUCAGUCAUCCCAGGGAGUCCAGCAGAUAAGGCGGGGCUCAAACCUGGAGACCGUAUCCUGUUCCUCAAUGGACUUGACAUGCGGAGUUGUUCCCAUGAGAAGGUCGUCUCUAUGCUACAGGGCAGCGGUGCCAUGCCCACCCUGGUCGUGGAGGAAGGCCCCCCCACCUUCACGCUAGCCGAGCCAGAGCAGCCAGGAGGGCCAGGUAGGGCGUCCCCGGGUGGAGGCGUGCCCCGCUCCCCAGUGCUCAACUCCCUGCAGUGGGUGGCUGAGAUCCUGCCUUCCUCUAUCAGGGUCCAGGGGCGCACCUUCGGACAGCAGCUGGAGCACCUGCUCACCAUCCAGGAGAGAUACACAAUCUGCAAGGCCCUGGAGAGCUUCUUCCAGCAUAGGAAUGUUGACACUCUGAUUGUGGACGUGUUCCCGGUGUUGGACACGCCAGCCAAGCAGGUGAUCUGGCGGUUUGUCUACCAGCUUCUGACCUACGAAGAGCAGGAGCACUGCCAGAGCAAGAUAUCACGUUUCCUCGGUUACAAGGCUGCAGGUAGCCGUAAGGGCCCCCCACCACCUCCCUCCGCCUGGCAGGAGCCCCUCCCUAGCCCCCCUGCGCCGGUCCAGUUCUACCCCCCAGGUCUCACCUCCCAGACCAGUGCCGAGUCCAACCCCUACAUCAGCCUAGACAGCCCCCCUCCCUCGCCUCCCGACUACCCCGCCAGCCCACCCUCCCACGCCCGUCUCAAUAAGAGGCGCUACACGUUCUCUCAUCCGCCGCGCUCCUCUGAUACAGACCGGUUCCUGGAUGCACUGAGCGAACAGCUGGGUCAGAGGGUCGCCAUUGUAGACGACUUCCUGUCACCCGAAAACGACUACGAGGAGAUGAGCUUCCCAGAUGAUGAGGAUGAGGAUGAGGAGGUGGAGGUGGAUGAUGAAGAUGGAGAUGGGGGUUUCAUAAUACCCCCUGAGCUGAGCAGCCCCAGUGAGUGCCAGGGCAGCAGCGGAGAGGACGCCUCCUCCCUCACCUACUCCUCCUCCUCAGAACACAUACCCCCUCCCCCCAUGACUCCCCCGCCACCUCCGCCCAUCCAAUUCAAUGAUCCUCCUCUACCCCCAAGCUAUACCGCCACCCCUGAACAGUCUCCCAGAAUACAACUGCCUUUCCGCCGCCACCACGGGCCACCUCCGCCCCCUCCUCCUCGCUCCAACCCACCGCCCAAACGCCAGUCCAUUCACAAGGUGCUUCCCACCCGGGAGGACCUGCUAGCCCACGCCGCAAUGCAGGAACAAAAUGCGUACCAGGAGCAACAAGCUUACCAGGAACAACAAGCUUACCAGGACCAACAAGCGUUUCAGGACCAACAAGCUUACCAGGACCAACAAGUGCAACAAGCGUACCAGGAGCGACAAGUGUACCAGGAGCAACGCGCAUUCCAGAAGCAACAAGCGUUUCAGGAACAAAAAACUUACCAGGAGCAACAAGCACAACAAGCGUACCAGGAACAACAAGCAUUCCAUGAGCAACAAGCUUACCAGGAGGAACAAGCUUACCAGGAGCGACAAGCUUACCAGGAGCAACAAGCACAUCAAGAACAACAAGCGUUACAGAAGCAUCAAUCAUACCAGGAGCAACAAGCGUACCAGGAGCAAAAUAUUUACCAGGGGCACCAGUCACUGCCUGCCCAGUCCUCGCACAAAGCACACCCCCUGCAGCAGCUUCACCAGUCCCUGCCCCCCCUCCCCUCUCCAGAGGCAGCCCACACCCAUCCAGACCUCCCAAACCACCCAGACCCCUCACUCUACCAGAUGCACCAAGCUCAACAACAGACUCGUCGUCAGAGCCGUCGUCAGACUCACUCAGCCACAUCACCUCACAAUCCCCCAGGCCAUUCCCCUGUCCAUCCAGAUCAACAGAGUCAGUACUCGGAGGCAAUCUAUCAGAGUAUUCAUACACAGUCACAUCACUCAUCCAUGGAGCUCCUUCACCAAGCUCAGCAGGCCCAGCAGCACCACUCCUCUAUGGAGCUCCUUCACCAAGCUCAGCAGGUCCAGCAGCACCACUCCUCCAUGGAGCUCCUUCACCAAGCUCAUCAGGUCCAGCAGCACCACUCCUCCAUGGAAUUCCUUCACCAAGCUCAACAAGUCCAGCAGCACCACUCCUCCAUGGAGCUCCUUCACCAAGCUCAUCGGGUCCAGCAGCACCACUCCUCCAUGGAACUUCUUCACCAACCUCACCACUCAUCCACAGAGCUCCUUCACCAAGCUCAUCAGAUCCAGCAGCACCUCUCAUCCACGGAGCUCCUUCACCAAGCUCAUCAGAUCCACCAAGAUCAGCCUGCUUCACUACCCGUACAACUGGAUCAGGAGAUCCACCAGUCUCUUCAGAGCCAUCAGACUCACCCAUCUUCCCAGGACAGCCACCAGGGUCAACAGAUUCGUCAAUCUCUCAAGUCUCAUCGCACUCACCAGCCAUCCCCCCAGCGUCCCCACUCCAUCCAGCAGACUUACCACCACACUCCCCAGAUCCAGCACAUCCACCACCAGGUCCCUCCCCAGCCCACACAGCCAGAGCUCCACCAGAUCCACCUAAUCCACCAGCCCACCCAGCAGCGCCACCACCCCCAGCCCACCUUGUCCACCUUCCAGCCCCUUCCACCCCACCAGCCCACCCUGUCCACCUUCCAGCCUCUGCCCCAACACCAACCCCACCAAACCCACCAGGUCCACCCCUCCAACCAGGGUCGUCCUCAGUCCCAGCCUUCCCAGCGGCUAUUCAGUCAAUCCCAGUCUCACCACCACUCCCACUCCCACCACCAACCCCAGCCCCAACCUCAGCCCAAGCAGCAUUCCCAGUCCCAGAAUAACUUGGACCAGUUGGGGAAACAGGAGCCCCCUCCUCCUCCGCCCCUGCCCCCUCCUGGAACCCCUCCUCCACUGCCUCGCCCAGGCCUUCCGAGGAUGGACUCCAAUCAUAUGAGUGUAAAGAGGCUGCGCUGGGAACAGGUGGAGAACUCUGAGGGCACCAUCUGGGGACAGCUGGGGGAGGACUCGGAUUAUGACAAACUGAAUGACAUGGUGAAGUAUCUGGAUCUGGAACUGCACUUUGGGACACAAAAGAACCCCAACCCAGCCCUUCAGUCGGAGACCUUCAAGAAGAAAGACAUAGUUGAGAUUCUGUCCCAUAAGAAGGCCUACAACGCAUCCAUCCUGAUUGCCCACUUGAAGCUGUCCCCGGGCGAACUACGCCAGGUGCUGAUGACCAUGGCCACAGAGCGGCUGGAGCCGACCCACAUCAAGCAGCUGCUGCUGUACGCCCCCGACGCAGAGGAGGUCAAGCAGUAUGAACAGUUCAGCGAGGACCCAGCCAAACUCAGCGAGCCUGACCAGUUUGUACUACAGAUGCUGUCAGUACCAGAGUACAAGACUCGUCUGAGAAGCCUCCACUUCAAAAGCACCCUGCAGGAGAAGACAGAGGAGAUGAGGGGGGGCUACGACUGCAUCUUCAACGCCUCCAUGGAGCUCAAGACCAGCAAGAAACUGGCCAAGAUACUGGAGUUUGUGCUGGCGAUGGGGAACUAUCUGAACAACGGUCAGCCUAAGACCGGCAACAAAACCACCGGGUUUAAGAUCAACUUCCUCACUGAGCUCGGCACCACAAAAACAGUGGAUGGGAAAUCUACGUUUCUGCACAUCCUCGUCAAGUCACUGUGUCUUCACUUUCCCAACGUCCUGGAUUUUGCCAAGGACCUCACCACGGUUCCCCUGGCAGCCAAAGUGAACCAGAGGACCAUCACAUCUGACCUGAAUGACCUUCACACCACUAUCCAGGACAUCCGAUCUGCCUGCCAGAAAAUGCCUGCUACAGCAGACGACCGCUUCACUGCAGUCAUGAGUGGCUUCCUGGAGAACAUCCACCCAGCACUACAGUCUCUGGAGUCCCUGCAGCAGAGGGCCAUGGAGGAGUGGUCCAAGACAGCCUCCUUCUUCGGAGAGGACAGCCAAGCCACCAACACAGAGGCAUUCUUUGGGAUAUUCACUGAGUUCCUCGCCAAGUUUGAGAAAGCUCUUAGUGAGAACCAGGCCAAUGAGAACGCUCCUAGGAGUCCCAGGAGCCCAAGAAUGGCCUCACCCCUGGCCUGGUGA